CCACUACUCUCGGCUAACUUUUAAGCCUUAAUCAUGAACCUCAUCACAUCCUUCUCAUAAGUCUUUAGCAUACUCUCUCUCUCUCUCUCUCUCCCUCUCUCCAUGUAUUCAUUUAUUUGAAGUUUCAUAAUAGGAGAAUUGAUAUACCAUUCAUCAUCAUUCCAUGGCUUCCCUUUGCUCACUCUGGGGAAUUUUCAUGGUCUUCAUGGCUUAUUUUUCUUCACUAGCUUUUUCUUCAUCUCAGUUACAUGUAAAAUACUCCACUAUAUCAGCUGCACCCGCAUUCUUGCCAAGUGCUCCUCCCGCCCAUCCUCCAGGUGCUGCCCCAUAUAUUGAACCUUUGUUCCCUACCCCUCGAGGUGUGGCACCUUCUCCAACUGAUUCGUCACUGCCUACCAUUCCUUCAAACCCCAGUCCCCCGAAUCCGGAUAACAUUUUGGCUCCUGGCCCUGGUUUUGCACUUUCACCAUCUGGCUCUUCGCCGGCAUCCACUUCGGUUUCUCUAACUUCAGCUGGAGCUCUGAAUUUAACAUUGUUUCUUGGUUUGUUGGUGGUUUACUUAUUGCAGCAGCUUUCUGGUGUGUGAGGUACUGUUGGUGGCUACUCCAAUUAUUGUUCCAUCUUUGUGGUUUUACUCUCUUUUUAUGUACUGUAGAUUUCUUUUUGUGUUUUUUGGAAGUAUAUAUUGCUUUAGUGUGAUGUUAGGUAUAUGAAGUGUAUGGCAUUGUUGCGAGCUUUGAUUAGAUAAUAAUAUCUUAAAUAAAUGAAAGUGAUCUCCAUUAAAGCAGAACAUACUCUUGAGAGAAAUAAAGAUCUGAGAAGGAAUGAAGAUUACAAAACAGAACA